CUGCAGGCCAACGGCAACCACUGCGCCGGGGCUCAGGAUCUUUUCCUGCAGUCCAUGGCGGAGUGGGCCGUAGACGUGGCGGUCAUAGCGGAGCCGUACUGUGUCCCUGCCCAACCUCAUUGGGCGGGAGACGUGGACGGCUUAGUUGCGAUCGUCACGCGGCCGGGAGCCGGGCCCCCCCUCGCCGUCAAAGCGAGGGGCCACGGGUAUGUGGCGGCGGUUCGGGGGGAGGUUGCCAUCGUCGGGGUAUAUUUCUCCCCGAACCGCGACCUGCCGGCCUUCGAGAGAUUUCUCGACUCUCUCGGGCCGGUGGUAGGGCAGUUAGCGCCUCUCCAGGUGUUUGUGCUGGGGGACCUCAACGCCAAGUCCACGGCGUGGGGAAACCCCCGCACAACACCGAAAGGGAGGGAGCUGGAGGCAUGGGCGCUGACUGCCGGACUGUCCCUUCUAAAUUCGGGGACGGUCCAGACGUGCGUGCGACGGUUGGGAGGUUCAGUGGUGGACGUCUCGUUCGCCACUCCGACCAUCGCACGCAGAGUGGAGGGAUGGAGGGUUGAGGCAGGAGUGGAGACGCUUUCGGACCACCGUUACAUACGGUUCGAAGUGUCUCCUACUCCUGCCGGUCGCCGGAGUCCAGUGUCGAAUUCCUCGUCGCCUCGGGAGAGAAGUCGGUUCCCGCGUUGGGCGCUGUCAAAGCUCAACCGGGAACUGGCUAAAGAAGCGGCCGUCGUCGGUCGCUGGAGUCUCCCGGAGGGUGCGGAGUUAGGGGUGGAUGAAGGGGCUAGCCGCUUUGGGGACGUUCUUCAAAACGUCUGCCGAGCGGCGAUGCCCCCCGUAGGACGUCCCCCUCCGCGGGGAGCGGUAUACUGGUGGUCUGAGAAUAUCUCAGAUCUCCGGGUCGCCUGCAACGGGGCCAGGAGGGCAUACACCCGGAGUAGGCGACGCCGCCCCCAGGACGAGGAGCGAGAUGGUCGGCUGUACAGGAUCUAUGUGGAGAAGAAGUUGAUCCUGCAGCAGGCCAUCCGCCGGGCCAAGGAGGCAGCCUGGUUGGAGCUGGUGGAGGGUCUCGAUCGAGACCCUUGGGGCCGACCGUACAAGCGGGCGCGGAACAAACUCUGCGCCCAGUCGGCCCCCAUCACGGAGGUGCUCCAGCCGGCUGUUCUGAGGGGGAUCGUCGGGGAACUCUUCCCCGACGCUCCAGCGGGUUUUACUCCCCCCAGAAUGGCCCGGCUGACGCUGGAAGAGGGCGACCGCGUUCCGCCCACCGUCACGGAGUCUGAAAUGGAGGCGAUUCUGGCUCGCCUCCAGAGUAAGAAGAGCGCACCGGGUCCGGACGGGGUGCACGGGAGAGUUCUCGCUCUCUCCCUGGUGCACCUCGGUGGAGCCCUCAAGGAGCUGUUCGACCUCUGUCUGAGGUCCGGGCAGUUCCCGAGGGCCUGGAAGGAAGGCCGGCUUUGCCUUCUUCCAAAAGGCAACCGGCCUCCGGACUCGGCUUCGGCGUGGCGACCGGUGGUUGUGCUGAACGAGGCGGGGAAGGCCCUGGAGAAAAUAAUGGCCACCCGUCUCGUUCGGCAUCUGGAGGAAGGCUCGGGCCCGGGACUGUCAGAGUUUCAGUUUGGGUUCCGAGCCCAUCGGUCGACCGUCGAUGCUCUCAAACGCCUGAGGGCGGUGACGGAAGAGGCGGAACGCAGAGGAGAGGUAGUGGUUGCGGUGUCGUUGGACAUCGCAAACGCGUUUAACAGCCUCCCACACAGCGCGAUACAGGUGGCACUCGAGUAUUUCGGAGUGCCCCUGUAUCUGAGGAGGCUGAUAAACAGCUACCUCUCCCAGAGGAGGGUGGCAGUCGAGAGCCGGAGGGGGUCCAUAGAGUGGUGGACAGUCGAAAACGGCGUGCCACAGGGGUCAUCUGCUACGCCGAUGACACCCUCGUCUUAUCCCGGGGACGAAACUACAGGGAGGCGGCGCGGCUGGCCGAGGUCGGAACUGACCUCGUGA